CACAUAAAUCUUAAAACAGAGGAAACUUGGAAACACUGUCCGACCAAGAUCAUCAUGUUGACUCCAAUUCUCAAUGCAAUUUUCUCGCCCAUGCUCGCAAGCCUUUUCAUCUCGAUUCGCUGCGGCAAUCCACCGCCAAGAAAUUUCGCUCUGUUCGUCUUCGGGGACUCCAUUAAUGAUGCAGGAACCGACAACCACAUCAACACCACUGCCAGCUUCAGAGCCAACUCCUUUCCCUAUAGAGUCCGACAGAUUCUCCGACGGUCGUCUUAUCCUGAGUAUGCAAAGCUGCUGCUGAUCCUGCCAUAUCUCCAAAUGAAAGAUGAUGAAUUCAUGGGAGAGGCGAAUUUCGCGUCUGCUGGAGCUAGUGCUUUGAUCGACACUUACGAAGGAUUUUUGUCUUCGAUAAAAGAAUACGUAGGGACAGCGAUCGGAAACAUCAUCACCGUGCUCGAGGUUUAUUUCUGGAUCCGGCUUAAGCAUGUAGAAGCCUUCGUGACAAAUACUAUGAUCACCACGCUUCAGAGGACGAACAUCAUCCAGCCCACGGGCGUAGUCAUCAUGUCGACUCUGGCUCUCCGCAUCGUUCUCUUCACUGUUCUCGCCAGCCUCUUCGUCUCCACUCACUGCGGUGAUCAAUCUCGGAAAGGUGUCGCUCUGCUCAUCCUCGGCAACUCCCUCAACGACGCAGGGACCGACACCAAUCUAAACACCAAACACGGCUAUGUUGUGGGGAUGGUGAUUAGAAACAUCACCACUGUGCUUAAGAGAAUAUACAAAGUAGGAGGAAGAAAAUUCGCAAUGAUUGGAGUAGGGCCAAUUGGCUGUGUGCCAGGCAUGAGACCACUGACCCCAGAUGGAUCUUGCUUAAGUGAAGCCAGCAAGCUCGCAAAGCUUCACAACAUUGCUCUGACCACAAAGCGGGGGACUCAACUUCAAGGAUUCGAGUACUCCUACUUCGAUUUCUAUACUUCAGCCCGUGAGAGAAUCCAAUACCCAUCAAACUAUGGUUUUAAGGAAGCGGAGACCGCGCGUUGUGGUUCGGGUCCUUAUAGGGCAAAUUUGACCUGUGGAGGGAGGGCAAGAGGAGUGAACAAAUUUUCAUUAUGCGGCCAUCGUGAGAAGUACGUGCUCUUUGAUGCCUACCAUCUAACCGAGAGGGCAAACCAGCAAUUUGCGCAGUUAAUGUGGAAUGGGAGUCUCGGUGUAAUCAAACCUCGCAACUUGAAAGCAUUGUUCAAACUCGAGAGUGCUUGGAUUUUUUUUUCUUCCCAAAAUCAUAAGUAA